GCGGCUGAGGAGGAAGCUGGGGGUGGCAGUGGGAGCUGCGGGGCCCGAGGAGCCAGGAGGACGCCAUGGGCCGCCUGCACUGCAUGCAGGACCCGGUGCCCGAGGCUGUGGGUGGCGACAUGCAGCAGCUGAACCAGCUGGGCGCGCAGCAGUUCUCAGCCCUGACAGAAGUGCUUUUUCACUUCCUAACUGAGCCAAAAGAGGUAGAAAGGUUCCUGGCUCAGCUCUCUGAAUUUGCCACCACCAAUCAGAUCAGCCUUGGCCCCCUCAGAAGCAUCGUAAAAAGCCUCCUUCUGGUUCCAAAUGGUGCCUUAAAGAAGAGUCUCACAGCCGAGCAGGUCCAGGCUGAUUUCAUAACUCUGGGUCUUAGUGAAGAGAAAGCCACUUACUUUUCCGAAAAGUGGAAGCAGAAUGCCCCCACCCUUGCUCGAUGGGCCAUAGGUCAAACUCUGAUGAUUAACCAGCUUAUAGAUAUGGAGUGGAAAUUCGGAGUGACAUCUGGGAGCAGCGAACUGGAAAAAGUGGGAAGUAUUUUUUUACAGUUAAAGUUGGUGGUUAAGAAAGGAAAUCAAAUUGAAAAUUUGUAUAUAGAAUUAACCUUGCCUCAGUUCUACAGCUUCCUGCAUGAGAUGGAGCGAGUCAGAACCAGCAUGGAGUGUUUGAGCUGAUUUCUGCCCCCCUGCACCUCCAAAUCACCCCCUUCCCUGCCUCUUCCUUUUCCUUGGGUGACUGCUCCGAGAGGCACCUCACUCCGGCCUGUGGGGCAUUGAUUUGGCCCUGCUUGCUUCUUGGGAGCCAGGUGCAAAGGUUUCUGAAAAACAACAGGAUUAAGUACUUAAAGAGCCCUACACAAUUACCCUGUAAACUCUUUGUUAAGGGAACCUCCACCACCUAUCUCCCAGGACACUUGUUAGAUAUUCAAACAGGCUAUUGCAUCUCAGAUUCAGGGAAGGAAAUAAGUUGAGUCACCUCCUCAUCAAAGUUCCAGAGUAAACAAAUGGUGCCAUCGUGCAAUAUACACCCCGAUCACCCUCCCCCACAAAAAACAAGGGCUUGUUUAUGGCUGAGGAAGAGGCAGACUAUGAAUGACACACGUGGGGAGCUCACAAGGAGAUUUCUGCACUCUAUGGUUGUGGUGGUGGUGCAUUGCUAAUCAGUUUUUAAUGGGGCAUCUGUAUAAAUACAUGCUUGGUCUACUCUGAAAAGAACUGAGGCAAAACUCUAUUUCCAGUUUUGCCCUGUUACGUUGUAAUGAGGCAGGCCUUUUGAGGCUGUUUUAGCUUGUUUGGGUUCAAGCUGACCACCUCUGUUGGUUAGAUGAUGAAUUAAAAAGUUCUGAAGAAAAGGUCUGCAUCCAGUUGUCUUUAUAUAUGGAUUAAAGAGUCAUCUGCCUUGCAAAGAGCUAGUGCUUUGAUCUUAAAAAGUUAUCUUCCUGGUUUUCCUGAAGGCACCGAGUCUUCAGUGAAAUUAGCUAUUGUCUGAAGUUGGAAUUUGUAAGAGCAGUUCAGGGGAAACUCAGGUUAAAAACAUGAAAAGCGGAACAUAUCAGUGCUUUGUAUUCAAAUGACCUUAACCCCCACCUAGCACGGGACUUCUCUUCCUCCUACCUCUCCCUUCCUGCUUAGAAAUUUUUUAAAUUUUUAGAUAGAUAAUAUGUACCCAUGAUUCAAAAGAUACAGUGUAAAAUAAUUCCUUCUUACCCCCAUUUCCCAGUUACCUAGUUCUCUUCCCCAGAGGCAACCAUGGUUACUAGUUUAUUCUGUGUUCUUCUGGAGAUAUUUCAUGCUUUUGCAUAGAGUUUGACUUUUUCCCCCCAUACAAAUAGUAGUAUACUGCACACACAGCAUCCUGCACUUUGCUUUUUUCCACUUGGAGGUCAUUUUAUAUCAGAAGAGAAAGAGCAGCCUCAUUCUUUGUACCAAAUGUACGAUGUUUUCAAAUGGAUGAUUUAUUUAACCAUUUUUCUACUGAUGGGUGUUUAGGUCGUUUCCAUUCUUUUAUAAGCAAUGCUGAAACUGAAUGUUUUUGUAUCUAUGUCAUUUUGCAUGUAUGGAACUACAUUUGUAAGGUAACUAUAUGAAUGUGGAAUUGCUGGGUCAAAGAAUAUGUUCAUUUAUCAAAGAGUAUUAAAAGGAAUAAAGCAAAAAGCCCCUCUGUGCUCUUUCCCAGUUACACAGUUCCCCUACUGCCCUCCUCCAACAGGUGACCCCUGCUGAUAGUUUCUUAGGUACCUUUCCAGAGGGUUUUUACCCCACAUAUAAGCAGUAGGAAUUAAAAUUUGUACUCUUUUUUUUGUUGUUUACACAGAUGAUUAUACACUAUACACAACUACUUUUAAUAUAUCUUGGAGAUCUUUCCAUAUCAGUACACAGUCUGUAUCUCUUUCUGUGGUGGUAGCACAUUCUGAUAUGUGGAUGGGUCAUAACCAGCAUUUGCAGUUUUGGUAAAUAGUGCCGGUAUUAGGGUUCUCCAGAGAACCAACAGUGUGUGUGCACACACACCUGUACGUGGAGAGAGAGAUUCAUUUUAAAGGAUUAGUUCACAUGAUUAUGGAGGCUCGGUAAGUCCGAAAUUUGCAGGAGAGGCUGGCUAGAGACCCGGGAGGAGUUGCAGAUACUGUCCAAAGGCAGUCUGCUGGGGGAAACGGGGGAGUUAGUCUUUGUUCUACUAAGACCUUCAACUGAUUAGAUGAGGUCAACCCGCAUUAUGGAAGGGAAUCUGCUUUAUUCCGAUUUAAAAGUCCAUCAUUUUAAAUGUUAAUCUCGUCCAAAAAACACUUUUAUAAAAAUAUCCAGAAUAAUAUUUGACCAAUAUCUGGGUAUAGUGGCCCACCGGAGUUAAUACACAAAGUUAAUCAUCACAGUGCCAAACCAACUUUUAUAGAGAUUGUUCCAAUUUAUGCAAGUUUACUGUUCACAAUACCAAAAAAGAGCAAAUUGUUGCCUUUGGACAGUAUCCAAGACUGUCCACGAGGUUUCCAAGAACCUCACGUGCUUGAGACCAUUAGACCAUUAGAAUCCAGUGUAAAAAAAAAAUCACAGUAUGUCAGAACAGGAAGCCACCUAAAUACAAUCUAGUUAAGUCCACUCACAUUACAGAUGGGGAGAUGGAGGCCUAGAAAAAUGAAACUGGUCAGUGGCCAGUGGUCUGUGCUGCCCUGCGAGCCAUGGGGUCCCGAGAGACCUGAAGGGGAUUCAGCCCAGCAAACCAUCAUCCAGUGCUGGUCCUAGCCAGGGGUCUCUGUGCGAGUUGGACCCAGCUAGCCACUGGAUAGAUUCUGACCAAGGAGCUCCUUGCACUGCCCAAUUCGUGCCUGCCUGCCCCACCUGGAUCACAACAAUGGCUUCCUGAUGCCACCCCACCCCCCGCCCCCACCACCAAUCACCUCACAGCUCCUACAAUCCAGCUGUUUCCUGCGUGAGCAUUCUUAUGGGCAAGUCUCAUGUCAGCCAACAGAUCCAAACACAGCUCUGCAGAGUGCCCAGGGUAAAGUUCAAACUUAGCACACCAAGUCCCACAGCCUGGCUCUCAUACAUUUUUCACCACUCCAUCUCCACUGCUCCCUGGAAAGUGAGCAUCUAGUCUACCAGACUGCUGAUGCCAUGAGGCCAUAUGCUUCUUCUUUUCUUGGGACUACAACACUACCCCACACUUCAAGAUGUAAGGUCCAGAACACUUCUAAGGGCCUACCUGACUCCUUCAUUCUUCUGCUGCAGGGGCCAGGAGUACAGGCUCUGUAGUCAAACCACUCAGGUUCCAGUUCUGGUCCCCAUGCUUACCAACUGUAUGGCCUCAGGCAAGACUCUAACCUCAGAUUUCCCCUUUGUAAACUGGGUAUAGUUCUUGCCUCACAGGGUUAUUGGGCACAUUACUUAGCACAAUACCUAUUCAACCAAGGGUGAGCUCUUCUUUAUCAAACUUUUAUAAUUGUUUCCAGGAUUCUCCUCCCUGCUAGCCUGUGGGCUUCUUGAUAAGAGACUUAUUUUUCAGCUCAGUAACCCCAACACUUGGUAUCAGUCAGUUCCACUGCCCCCUCACACCUGGUAAUAGACCCUAUUGCUAGUUGAAAUGAGGCUGUGGUAGAUCCUCCAUGGCAGGACUGUUAACAAACUUGCCUGGCUUUAGAAGAAGAAAUCUUGGGAAGUUGGUUUGAUUGUUUGUUGGUCAGUUUUAACAUAGAUCAUAGAUAAGUCUUUAGUGUAAGGCAGCCAGGCUGGGCACCCAUCCUCCAAGGGCUACCUUUAAGAGUAAUGGAACACUGGCUCCCAGAUUCACAGACAUUCUUGGAGCGCCUCCUAUGGGCAGGGCUUCCCUGAGCCCUGUGGGAGUAGGGCAAUAAACUAUGUACACAGAUAAUCAACAGUUUGUCUUUUCAAGACCCUGUUUCUAUCAAAAGGAGAUUGUAUCCUCACUCUCAUUUGCUAUAGUUCAGAUCCUAUUGUGAAUUCCAGGAACUAUUCCAGCCCCUUUGUUGCAUUGGAAUGUUGUCACAAAUGUAAUCUACUGAAUAAGAAGCCUUGAUCAGAGCCCUCCGCCCAUAAACUGUUAGGGAUUUUGCAGCAUUGCUGGGGGAUUCGAGCAGGUUUUCUUACUGUUAGCAUUUCCUCUUUGCAUCGGCUCACUCUCAAUAAAUAGUUCCUAUUCUGCUUAGAAAUCUGCUGUCUGUUAGCCUAGUCUUUGGCUGCAGGUUAUUUAUAUUUUAUUUACUUUUGGAGGAUAGUGUUCCUUAAGAUGGCAAUGGUCAGGCCAAGAGAAGAUCAACCAGAAAUACCUGUAUUCUUUCCCUGGAGGAAAAAAGACUCUCCUGGUUGGGGUUGGAGGAAGAUGUUCACUGUUCAGUUCUGACACUGUUGUUUCUUUUUACUCUAGUGAUAUUUUUGUUAAGGAAAAAAAAAAAAAAAAGCAGGU